AAUUCAUGUUAGCAGAAGUGAGAAGAUGUUCAAUUUCACAGAUGUGACAGAAUUUGUCCUUUUAGGCUUAACCAGCCGAAAAGAACUGCAAGUACUCUUAUUUGUCAUCUUUCUCAUUGUUUAUAUUGUCACCAUGGUGGGCAACAUUGGCAUGAUGAUAUUAAUUAAGAUCAGUCCACAACUUAGCAGCCCAAUGUAUUUUUUUCUAAACCAUUUGUCAUUUCUUGAUGUAUGGUUUUCUUCCAAUGUCACUCCUAAAAUGCUGGAGAACUUGUUGUCAAAAACAAAAACAAUCUCUUAUGCUGGCUGCUUGGUACAGUGCUUCUUCUUCAUUGCUCCUGUGCACGUGGAGAUCUUCAUUCUGGCUGUGAUGGCCUUUGACAGGUACAUGGCAAUUGGAAAGCCUCUGCUCUAUGGUAGCAAAAUGUCAAGGAUUGUCUGCAUUCGACUGAUUUUUUUCCCUUACAUAUAUGGGUUUCUGACUAGUCUGGCUGCAACAUUAUGGACUUAUGGCUUGUACUUCUGUGGGAAAACUGAGAUCAACCACUUCUACUGUGCAGAUCCACCCCUCAUCAAGAUGGCCUGUGCGGGGACCUUUGUGAAAGAAUAUACAAUGCUCUUCCUUGCAGGCAUUAACUUCACUUAUUCCUUGAUUGUUGUCAUCAUUUCCUAUCUGUUCAUUCUCAUUGCUAUUCUCAGAAUACGCUCAGCGGAAGGUAGGUGCAAGGCAUUUUCCACCUGUGGAUCUCACCUCACUGCAGUGGGCAUAUUUUAUGGUACUCUCAUCUUCAUGUACCUCAGAAGACCCACUGAGGAGUCAGUGGAGCAAGGAAAGAUGGUAGCUGUGUUCUAUACCACAGUGAUCCCCAUGUUGAAUCCUAUGAUCUACAGUCUGCGGAACAAGGAUGUCAAGGAAGCCAUGGACAAAGUGAUUAGCAAGAAGAUCUUAAUAAAAUAAACUAAAACUUCUAUUUUGGUUGUUAUUAUUUGUCAGGAAAAUGGUUACUAUUUCAAACAUAAGAAAAGGAACAUUAAGAGUAUGAGUAGAAAGAAAAAAUAAGUUACACAAAUGAGAGAAAAAUAAAGUGGAUUGGUACUUGCUGGUGAAUGCACUGAACAUUGAUUCCUAUGGGAAAAAAAAAUUGAAAUGGCACUAUGUGGAACUCUUAGAUUUACUAGCUUAAAUAUUAACUUGCUUACCCAGAACUGAAAUAUGUUCCUAUUUUUAUUUAAAUGUGUACCAGGUAAAUCUGUGAUUUUUUUUAUACAUUUAGAAGUUACUUUUGCAGGCAUAAAAUA